AUGGCUGAAGACAACUACUACCGAAUGGCCGAAGACAACUACUACCAAAUGGCCGAGGACGACAGGGGAAGAUGUUCACCCUGUCGAGGGACGGCGGGGGAGUCACUCUCUACCCUCCCUCCUUCUCCCCGCCCCCCCUCUCCCCCUGCGGACGCCACGAACCCCACCAUUGCUCCUACUACCACCCCCAGCAUCACCUCCUCCUCCCCGUCCCCUGCCUGGACAACAGCGUCUCCCUCCCGCGGUGUGUCCGUGUGUCUGCGUUACUUCGCCGAGCUGAGCGACUACCAGCGUGUCUUCGCCCUCAGUCCGUCCAGCCGCUCUCACCUGGAGCUGAGCGGUGGGCGGAGCUACGUCUUGGCGUUUGGCGGCAGCUACAGCCCCCAAAACUGGUUUCAAAGCCAAAGGAACAGACUUUCCUUCUCCUCCUUCAAGCCUCUUUGGUCCCGUAUCACACCGGACUUCUGGACCAGAGUCUGCGUUACCGUGGAUACGAGGAGGGGUGUGGCCCAGGUAUUCAAAAACGGGUUCAUCAGCAUCAGGAAGAGGCUGCCAUGGGAGUAUGUGUGGACAGGUGCUCCUGUGAUUGACAUCUCAGGUUUCGAUGGUCAGGUGACUGACGUCCAGGUUUGGGACUUCCCGCUCCCCUACACAGAGAUCUUCAGCUACAUGAACAACGGUGACUUCAGCCCUUACCGUGGCAACGUCAUUACCUGGUCCCAGGUCAGCUAUUCCGCCAGAAACAACGCACUCUUGGAGGAUAGGUAUGACUGGCAGCUGAAGCGACCAAUCGGAGGAGGAGACGGACGGCACGGGCCAAUGGGAGAGAAGAUGAAGUUUCAAAAUGUGCACGGGAAGAAAGAGAGGAAGAGAGAGAGGAUGUUGAUGUGAUACAAAACAAAUUAAUGAAGAGUCAAAAGAAAAAAAAACAGGCUUGUAGAUGUGGCUGAUACGUUCAGACAUAAUCUGAUGACAGUUUGAGAUUAACCCUUUAAUGUCACUGGCAUAAUAAAAUCCAGCUGCUGCUUCUUUGUUUCCCCACAGCAAUCUGCAGUGUCAUGUGAUCUUUGCUCACAUUUCUUCAUUCCUCACAGAUCAGUGGAUUAUUAUUAAUUAUUGUGUUUUCUGCAUCAGUGGUUCUCUAACCUUUUUCAAUAAUAUUCCCACUUUGAUAAUAAUUUUUCAGCCAAGUUCCACCCUGGCCAGAAAAAAUAGUUGGUAUAAAAAAUAAUCUUGUAUGCAGAGGUGCAGCUGGAUAUUUUGUUGAAUAUAAAAUGUGCUGAUCAAACAUAAAUUUACAUUUUUGUACUGAACCUAUUAUAGUAUAGGCUCAUUAUUUUAGGAAUUAUGCACGACUACAAUUUUUUUAAAAUAAUAUUUUAAAGAUUUUAAAGAGAU